AUGAGUUCAAACGCUUUAUUUACUUGUAACUCAUGUGUUAUACAAUUCAAAUCGAGUGAUCUCCAAAGAUAUCAUAUGAAAACAGAAUGGCAUAGGUAUAAUUUGAAAAGAAGAGUUGCACAAUUACCACCCAUUACUGCUGAUGAAUUUGCUGAAAAAUUACAAAUAUCUGAACGUGAACAACAAUUACAUAAAUAUGAUGAAUUUGGAUUUGAAAUUUUAAAACCAAUAGAUGAAAAUAACAUCAAGCAUAAAAAUCGUAAUAAACAUAAGAAAUCUGUUCAGAAAUUUAAUGAUGAUGCUGAUGCGGAUGUUGAAUUAGGUGAAACUGACAAUAGACUAACUAGAAAGGAUACUGAUGAAGAAGUUCAUGGCGAUAAUUUAGUUAAGACAAGAUCAAUUUCUCCAGCAAACUCUGUAAAUUCAAAAUUAUCAGAAUUAUCAAUGGAAAGUAAAGAUACAAAUACAGAUUAUGGUGAAGAUACUGUAUCAGAAUAUGGAUUCACUAGUGAUUCAAAUUAUGGUACAACUGAAGAUGAAAAUUAUACCUCAACUGAUGAAGAUGUUACCGAUGAAGAAUAUGAUAAUGAUAGUAUAGAUUGUACUGAAUGUAUAUAUUGUGGUGUGAAGAAUAAAGAAAUUGAAAAAAAUGUGAAGCACAUGUUCCAAAAGCAUGGUUUAUACAUACCAGAAAGAUCUUAUUUAGUGGACCUUCCUGGUUUAUUAUCAUUCUUAUAUGAAACUAUAAUUAUCGAUAAUCUAUGUUUCUGUUGUAAUUUCCAAGGGUCUGGUGUCGAGAGUAUUCGUGAUCAUUUGAUAUCUAAACGUCACUGUCGUCUGCCGUAUGAGUCAAGGAAAGAACGUGAAUUAUUUGCAGAAUUUUAUGAUUUUAGUUCAUUGGACGAAACGCCAAAGCAAUCCACACCUACAGAUAAACCAAAAAAAUCAAUUCAUUUCAAUGAAAAUGUUGAAGUUUCUGAAUCUCUUCCAGAAGAUGAAACCACAAGCAGUGGCAAUAAGCAUGGAAUAAAUUCAAAUUACACAACAGUUUCUGUCGAUGAAUCGGGGAUGGAAAUAACCUUACCAAACGGCACACGAGCAGGACAUAGAGAUGGACAAAGAUAUUACAGACAAAAUCUAUCGACUCCUGAUGAAGGUUCAGAAAGUAGAAGAACUGUAACGGCUGCUGAUAGGAGAUUGAUAAGUGGAGUUACUGAAAAAGAGUAUAAAAAGGGUUUGAAGAAAAUGCAAGAAAUGGAAAGGAGAGCCAUUAGUAAGCAAAUUUUACGUGAAGGUAAAAGGGUCAAUUUCCAAAAGCAUUAUAGGGACGAAUUAUUGCAAUAA